CUCCAAUGACAAUCGGUGGGCAUGUAUAUAAAUCGGAUCACGAGCGUAAAUACGUACGGACGAACCAUCGUUAAUUCAAAGCAUCAUGGCACCGGCAAUUGUCACUAUCGAUGGGUCCCCGCUGUCAGUCGACCUGACGUCUGGAGUUCCCUACAAAGACUAUGACCGCGGCUAUCUCAACAAAGAAAGGGAGCUCCAUGGGCACGGGAAACAUGCGCCUGCUACGCACCCGGAGUAUCUGCCUACACUGGAGCUCACUGGUCCGAAGGAAAAUGGCGGGGUUUACUAUCCAUUAGAGGAAUAUACACACACCGAGCACGGCAAAGAUGCGGAUCCCACCUUCCCCCACCUGCUCCCCAGCGAUGGCAGCGUGACCUGGGACAACCUUACGCCGCGCUUCGGUUCCGAAGUCCGCGGGGUCCAGCUCUCGUCCCUUGACUCGGCCGGCAAAGACGAGCUCGCCCUCUUCGUGGCGCAGCGCGGCGUCGUCGCCUUCCGAGAUCAAGACUUCGCCUCCCUUCCGAUCUCGCAGGCCCUCGAGUUCGGCGGCUACUUCGGACGCCACCAUAUCCACCCCGCCAGCGGCCAGCCAAAGGGCCACCCCGAGAUCCAUCUCGUCCACCGCGGAGCGGACGAUCCCACGCUCGGCGACAUCUUCAAGACGCGGACUUCGAGCGUCGCCUGGCACUCGGACGUAACCUACGAGAAGCAGCCGCCGGGAACCACCUUCCUGUACAUCCUCGACACCCCCACAGACGCAGACGGCAAAGUCUCAGGCGGCGACACGGCCUUCGUCUCGAUGACAGAAGCGUACGACCGUCUCUCCCCACUGUUCCGCGAGCGCCUCGCCGGCCUCCGCGCAACCCACAGCGGGAUCGAGCAAUCCGCCGCUGCCGCCGCACGCGGCAACGUUGUCCGCCGCCCACCAGUGGUCAACAGCCACCCACUGGUGCGCACGCACCCCGCCACAGGCCGCAAGGCCCUCUUCGUCAACCCGCAAUUCACACGCCACAUCGAACACCUCAAGCUCGAGGAGUCGGAAGCGCUGCUGAAGUUCCUGUACGACCACACAGCGUACGGCGUCGACUUCCAGGUGCGUGUCAAGUGGGCGCCGGGAACAGUCGUGGUGUGGGAUAAUCGCGUGGUUAUGCACACUGCCCUGCUAGAUUGGAAUUCUGGUGGCAGGAGACAUCUCGCCAGGAUCACGCCGCAGGCGGAGGUGCCGGUUGAGGGUUGAGGAAUGGUGAUGUGUAUGUGUGUUUGAAUUGAGAGAAGAACUGGACUUGACUUGGUUGAUGUAAUUAUACGAGGAAAAUGGGAAAGAUGGGAAAUGGAACUGCG